AUGAAUGCAAUUGUCAACAGGCACCAGCUGAGGCAGAAAAUAGGAAAGAGAGCCGCAGAACAGCCAAAGUCUCCAGAAACUGAGCCAAACUAUAAAGCCAUUUGUAGGCAGCUGACACAAAAAAACCAGCAACUCGGCAAAGCCUACAAAACUAUCAAGGCCCAGUAUGAUGAAUUAAAAGAGAGCUGCCAAGACAAGGAUGAGCAGCUAAAUCAGGCCCAGCAAGAUGCUGACGAGAUGGCAGUAAAGUGA